CUUUCAGCAACUCGAGAUAGAUCAUGGCAUUUGUUGAGCGUUGUCUCUAUCCUUUCAUAUUGCACAAGUGCAGUGAUGAGUUUUUUAUAAAUAUGCUUUCUCUUUUCCUUAUUCUUCGGUUUGAAUUUCAGCAGAUUCUCCAAUGGCCGUGUCCUGAUGGCCGCCAUCUUGACAACUUGAAAACUCAGCCAGCGCAUUCUAUUUUCAAUAAAUCCGCUGGGCAUACAAAACGUGGUCAUGAAAUUGCUGAGCAGCCAGGCGAUUUCCACACGAUAAAGAUGGCUUCCAUGUUACUGAGAGUAGCCGGUGAAGGAACAUUCCUUAGAUCUCUGGUUCCAUGCGUGAAUUUAAUACCAGUGCGUUUUAGGGUGCGAAGAAAAAUGCCAUCAAAGAUAAGAAACAACCCUUUUGUUCAAAGACGCACGGAUUUCAUUAAAAAACUUGUGUUAGCUCUGGUACAACACGAACGGAUUCAAACUACAGAUUGGAAGGCUCAGCAGUUGAAGAAAUAUGCCGAACUGCUUGUCAUGUUGUCACUGAGACGUCGUCCACCACCUGAUCUGGACAUGAUUGAGGAUGGGUUUGUUCUUACUGAGGAAGAAUCUGAGCAAAGAAGGCUUACAAGGCGCAUUAUAAAUAGAAGAAGCAAAAAAGUGAUUUUACCUGUACCAGACCUAAGUGAAGAAGAGUAUGUUCAAAGAUGUAAAGAAGAGGCUUCAAAUAUGUUGCUUGGGAACGAAGAGGCACUAGAAAAACUUUACACAACACUUAAGGAACGAUAUCAAGAAAGAUAUGGCAAUUUUGUGACAAUUCAAACAAUUCCCAACCCUCCCCACUCCCCUUACCCAAACAUGGCAUAUGUUGAGUUAGUGGGGAACUCCCUACCCCCACUCCCCAGGUUGCCUGUGGUCAAGGGAGGGAAUUGGGUUGUUUACAACAGAGAUGAUUAUGAAGAUGAUAACAAGACUGUGGUGAAGAAUUUCUUCAAGUGGAUGGAACGAAGGAAAGUAAUAAAAGAAAAUGUAAAAUCAAGGAAAAGACAAUAAACAGGUGUAAAUAUAAUAAAAACAUAAAUAUUUUGACAUAUCAUUGUAUGUGAGUGGCUUUAAAACAUCCGAAAUAAAAUACAUCUGGAUGGAAGUAGAUCAUGUACCCUUGAUUGUGAAGAAGCUGAUAAUGGACUGUUACCCUCAACAUUGGUAGUGUGGCUCAAUAAUAUGAUAAUCAGUUGACACUUUGAUAAUUUUCUUUGUGUUUCCUUUUUGCAAUUUAUGUAAUUCUGCUGAAGUUAGUCAGCUGUAAUGAAAAAGCAGUAUGUUACAGUAUUGGUCAUUGAUAAAAAGAUGUCAAAAAUAUUUCUACUGUGGGUCUGAAUUAUUUUCUAGUUAUCACAAAUAAAGUGUUCGGACUUGCCUUGUGCAUAGCAGGGAAA